AUGCGUUUCUCACAUUGUGUGGCUAAUAUCUUGAUGUGCGGAUUUGUUGCCGCUCGUAGCAUGCUCCAUAAUGGUAUUUUGUUCUCUGAGAGUGAUAUUACAAGAGCCAAGUAUGGUAUCGACAACGAAAUUACACCAUACUACAGUACAUACCAGCAGUUGUUGAAUAGCGAAGGUUUGAAGAGCAGUUACGCUCCUCGUCCAGCCAAAGUUAUUGUGCGUGGUCCUAUCACGGGUUUCACUCAGAAUUACCCUCAGCUUUAUGUUGAUGCUGCUGUUGCUUACCAAGUAGCCUGCUUAUGGACAGUUACUGGAGACGAACUGUAUGGCAAUCUUGCUGUGAAAAUUCUCACCAGUUGGGCAAAUACCUUAGAAAAUGUUACUGGUAAUGUGGAGCGCUUCUUGGCAAGUGGAAUAUACGGUUAUCAACUCGCUGUCACUGCUGAAAUGAUGAGAAACUACGAGGGAUUCACUUCCGACAAUCAAACACUGGUGAAGGACAUGUUGCUCGAUAUUUUCUAUCCGUUGUCCUACGAGUUUUUGACUGAGCACAAUGGCCACGGCCCAAAUGAUACUCAUUACUGGUCAAAUUGGGACUUAUGUAACAUUGCUUGUGGAUUGGCAGUUGGGGUCUAUGCAGAUCGUCCUGACAUUUACGAGUAUGCUCUCGAAUACCUCCAUAAUGGUGGAGGUAUGGGAACGUUAAAUAAUACAUUCCCUGUAAUCUUGACACCGGAGGAGUCCAACAAUACGUUUGGUUUGGCAGAGGGCCAGGAAUCCGGAAGAGACCAAGGUCAUGCUGGAUUGGAGUUUGCCUUUCUAGCAAUAAUUUGCCAGAUUGCUUACUUACAGGGAGAUGAUUUGUGGUCUUACAAUGAUAAUGUGAUUCUCAAAGGUGCAGAAUAUUUUGCUCGCUAUAACCUUGGAUAUAAUGUCCCAUUCAAGCCAUACUAUUCAGAUGGAGUUCUCUUAAGCACAAUUGGAUCGGACUCAAGGGGCGAUUACAGACCUAUUUGGUCACUCUACUACGCAACGUACGUCAAUGAUAGGGGGUUUAAUGCUACAUAUAUCAAAGAAAUGUUUGAGAGCAAUGACGUUGAAGAGGGAGGAGGAUGGUACGGACCUAAUAGUGGUGGAUAUGACCAGCUUGGGUUUGGAUCGCUAGCCUAUUGGACAUAUGGCAAUUCAUCCACUAACAAAUAG